AUGGGUGCACUGGUCAGCCAGGUGUGGACUGCUCGUUCGAGUCGUGUACCUCGCCUGCACUUCGCUCCUGACCCUGCCAAAGUACUCGUGAAGGCCCCGGUCACAGGGUCGGACGCCGAUGAGCACCCCAGGGAGAGCCUAGAUGCGUUUAUCGCAGCGAGGUGCCCGAGUUUGUAUAGCGACUUCGCUCCGACGUGGUGGUUGUUCAAAACCGACAGCGGACACCUACAGACGGCGUACGCGGUCGUCGGAGAUUUCUCGAGAAUAGAUAGAGUUGAAUAUGAUAGGACCUUGCUUCGCACCCUGGAUGGUGGUACAAUAGGACUAGACAGCACGCCUCCCGCCAACGAGCGCACACUCCCAGACGACACCCCCAUCGUAGUAGUGCUGCACGGACUGACAGGAGGUUCACACGAAUCUUAUGUCCGAGCCGUUCUAGCCCCGGCUUGCACGCCUGUCGAGCAGGGCGGCCUCGGGUACAGAGGCAUUGUAGUCAAUUUCCGCGGAUGUGCUGGUGUGCCUCUCACCAGCCCACAACUCUAUUCCGCGGGACAUACAGAUGAUAUCAGGGUUGCUGUUAUGCACAUCGCGAACCGCUUCCCUAAAGCACGGCUGCUCGGCAUAGGGUUCUCGCUCGGGGCCAACGUCCUGACGAGAUACCUUGCGGAGGAGGGGACGCAGAGCCGCCUGGUCGCAGGUUGUGCGGUUGCUUGUCCAUGGGAUUGUGUCAAGAACGCUGGAGGCCUUGAAGACAACUGGCUACACCGAACAGUCUACGCGAAAGCGAUGGCCCAGAACCUGCAAAGGUUGCUCGGACGACAUGCCAACGCGAUUGCAAAAUUCCCGGAGCACCCGCUAGCGAAAGUUCUGCCUGAGGUCUUGAACGACAAGUCGAUGUCGCUCACGCAGUUCGACGGCAAGGUCACCUGCAAGGUUGGCGGGUCCUCCCCGCCGUUCCCCUUCCCCAGCGCAUGGGAUUACUACGCCUGGGCGUCGAGCCAUGAAGUGCUCGCCAACAUUCGUGUGCCGUUCCUCGCUCUCAACGCGGAAGAUGAUCCCGUAGUACAGGUUCUGCCCAUCGAAGCGGGCGGGAACCCGUAUGUAGCGUUCGCUGUCACCGAGAAGGGCGGGCAUCUGGGGUGGUUUGGAAAGGUACAAGCGACCGGAGAGACCAGACGAUGGGUCAGCCGCCCUGUAUUGGAGUGGCUGAGGGCAGUUGGGGAAGACAUCGUGGUCAGAGAUAGACAAAUCAAGCCUCUGCACGUCGUAGAUGGAUUCCUGAAGGAGGACGGUCGCGACGAUAUCGGAUGCAAAGGAGUAGAGGGUGGCGAUCAUGUCGUUGGAGUAGAAGGAGAAGAGGGUCUCUUUGCUGGUCUGUAG